GUGGCACGCUACGCUACAAAAGUGCUAUGUUUUCAUAACAAAAUGCUCUCAAACAGCACAAAGAUGGAUUAAAAAACAAAGACACUAUGUGGAUAUUUGAACUAAUGAUCCGUUCAUAAGAUUGUUGUGUUUCUAAUGUGUUUUUUAUUUCUUAAGCCAUGUAACCAUCGCCGCAUCGGGAGACCUUCCAAAAGACCAGAGUCCAUACUUCUUAUCAACAUUCCAUAAAUUAAUCCAUCCAAGAAUGAAUCCGUUUAAGAAAUUACCCAUCGCUUUAUCAAGUGUGCUAUUGCAAUGUUUACAACUAGUGCUUGGGGCCAUCCAGUGCAAACAACCUGUGAUAGGUGAACCACUGCUGUGGCGGACUACGCCGAAAAAUUUCACAAUCGCAUGGAUGGUGGAUCAAGUUUGUGAGUCGUCUUUACAAUGUCUUGGUGCUCAGGUAGACGAAACUGUCCAUUCUUGGGUCAACGUCAUUCAGUUGUGUCCGAUAUUUAUGCAAACGGGUGAUAAUUUGUAUAUAGCGCCACCUAUUAUAAACACAUUUGGUUUCAAUCCGGUUUCGUUGUCGACUUUAGAUGACUGGGAGAAUUGUCGGACGAAUAUAAGUUCUGGUUUAGCGUUGAUGAAUUUUGGUGGAGAUAGUAGAGAGUUAUUGGUGGAUUCGAAUUUUAUAACAAAUCGGUUUAACUAUUUUGCGCAGAAUGAUAGUUUGAAGACGUGUAGGUUUGGCUUGCGUGUGCGUGUGACAGUGAAGCCUAAAAACUGCGGCAGCGAUUCAAAUUUUUGUUCCGGCCAUGGAAAGUGUAUCACAACGUUGUUAAAAGAUUCGUACACAUGUCAUUGUGAUCGCGGUUAUACUGGAGUUUUAUGUGACGAAAUUGACGCUUGUGUUUCUGACCCGUGUUAUAAUAAUGGCACUUGUACGGAUGCGAUUCAAGGUCUGGCCGGUUCGAAUUACACCUGUAGCUGUCCGGACCCGUACACUGGCUUCAACUGUACAGAAGUUAAAGGAGUGUGUACGGAAGGUUUAUGUCAUAAUGGGACAUGCGUGGAGUAUGGACCACAGGCAUUUAGAUGCAAUUGUUUUGGAGGGUACACAGGAACUUACUGCACUGAAUGGGUAAAAUUCUGCCACCUUGGAUUUUGUCAAAAUGGUGCAACUUGCGUUAACGUAUUCCAGAAUUAUACAUGCUCUUGUCCUGACGGUUUCACAGGUCGUCAUUGCUCAGAAGACGUCAACGAAUGCCAAUCAUCUCCUUGUCAGAAUAACGGGGUCUGUCUCAAUCAAGUCAAUCAGUUUGUCUGCCAAUGUGGAUUAGGUUUCAGUGGAACGCUCUGUGAGAAUGACCUUGACCUCUGUGCGGCUGACCUCUGCAAGAGUAAUAGCACGGCGUCUUGUGUGGAGACGACCGACGGUAACAACGUUACAUGCAGCUGCAUCGCAGGUUUUAAUGGCUGGGACUGUGGAGAAAACAUCGACGACUGCCACCCGAACCCAUGUCAGAAUGCCGCUGUCUGCGAGGACAAGGUCAAUGGCUACCAGUGCUACUGUGCAAAUGGCUUCACUGGAACCAACUGCAGCAUCAACCACGACGACUGCUCGCCGAAUCCUUGCCAGAACGCCGCUACCUGUAUUGAUGGCAUCGCAGACUUCUCAUGCGAAUGUUUACAAGGAUUUGAUGGGAAGAAUUGUUCCAAUGAUAUCGAUGAUUGCGCCUCUAAACCUUGCCUCAACGGAGCAACAUGCCGAGAUGCUGUUCACGACUAUAUUUGUGAUUGUGUCCCAGGUUUUGCUGACAAAAACUGUUCGAACGACAUCAACGAAUGUUCUUCAAGUCCAUGUGAUGUGACAGGAACGUUGGAAUGUCUUGACGAGGUCAACAAGUUUACGUGUCGAUGUAAACCGGGAUAUUCUGGAGUCAGGUGUGAGGCACAAUUUAUUUUCUGUUCAAGAAGAUCAUGAAGUCAUAUUCCAAGGUUUUUAUUUUCUGUUGCAAACCUGGCUUAUUUGUCCAGCUGCAUGUUCCCCUGCUUUGCUUAAAAAGUUCAGACCGAGGUGGCAGUUUCUUCAAUCAGGGAUGUCACAUUUCUCGAUAUUUAGCAUAUUUCUUGAA